AUGAAGUACAUUGCCCUCCUCCUCGGUAGCUACCUCUCCUUCGUGGCCGGUUUUGAGGGUGCUUAUGAGUCCUUCCGUAACGACCCUAUCGAGACUUUCAACUUCGAGCCCAACUCUAAGACGGUGCUCAUCUCACUCAGAGACUCCCAGGUCACCCUGAAGGCUGCUUACAAUCAGGAUCAGCAGAAAGUGAGUUUAACCCUUGGAAGAAUGGACCUCGAGUACUUGAAGCAGAAGUUCCCCGACUUGGUCGACGAUUCCACUUUUGAUGAUGUGAUUCUGCUAUCUAACGCCAAUUCUAUCAUCGUCAAAUAUAAGGAUGGGAUUACGAAGCUCUACAGUGGCAGUUAG